UCCUUCUACAAAAUUUGGUAGCUGGAGAAAUUUCAAGUGGAACUUGAAGCAGUUCGAGAAUGGAAGGUCAGGAGAAGGUUUAUGUUGCACUUGGGAACCAGCUUCAAGAUGGAAUCAAGACUUUGGAGUGGACUUUGAGGAAGUGGAGAUUUCAGCCGAUUUCGAUUGUAAUCCUUCAUGUAACCAACAGUGUUUCUGUCAAAGAUUACGUUUCCACUCCAUUUGGGAAGCUUCCUGCAAGUUCUGUGAGUGAUGUGAAACUGAAGAUUCUGAGGAAGCUGGAGCAAGAAAAGAUUGAUAAAAUCCUUUCCAAGUACAUAGCUUUCUGCGGCAAGGCUAGGGUGAAGGUUGAGAUACUCAACGUGGAGAGAUAUGAUGAUCCUAUCCAUAUGCGAAUGCUAGAUUUGAUUUCGGGACUUCAUAUGACCAAAUUGGUGAUGGGAUUUUUGUUCAUGAAAUCUUCUUCAUGGAAACCGAAAACCAUAAUCAGCGGGUUAUUGCACAUCCAUCAGUACAAGCCGGAAUCUUGUGAGUUAUUCAUAAUAUGUGGCGGGAAGGAGGUAUUCGUAAAAGGAGAGAAUGAUAAGAAACUAUCAAUGGGAGAUGAUCAAGAAACCAUGGUUGCAAGAAUGAAAGACAGGGCCAGUAUCAGUCUUAUCAUAGGAAGUAUAUUUGGAAGUCGUCAAAGCUUACCUGCCUUAUCAACAAGAAAUCAUCCGUCCAACUCGGAAAAUAUGCAGUGGGAAAACAGUGUUCAAGAAAUUGAAAUUUACAUGCAGCAGUUGUGUUCAAAUGCGGAUUCAGAAAACCAUCAUGAACAGGAAAGUGAUACUUCUCCACAAGCUAGUCCAACGGAUGCCACAGUCCUGGAACUUAAUCGAAAUCCGAAUCUGAGCAUUGCAGAAAAAAUUGAGUCUCUGAAAAUCAAAGUACGAGAAGCUCAUCAGAGAUUACAGUUGAAGAAGAAAGAAGUCCAGGCAAGUGUUGAUAGGCGUCUCAAAGCGGAAUGGGCCAUUUCUUUAUGCAAACGUCGGGCUGAAGAGUUGGAAGUUCAAAUAAAGAACGAGGUCAAGAAGAGAAUAGAAAUCAAGAAAGAACUAGACAAAGAUAAAGAUUUCCUCCAUGAAGUAAAAACCGAUGUUGAAGAAAGCAAGAACAAGCUCAACUCACUCAUAGAGCUUCGACCAGAACUUUCACGGAGGCUCCAUAUUUCCAAAAUGGCAAAAGCAUGCAUGGAGGUCCAGCUAGAGAAUGAGAUAACAAAUCGUGCAGAAAUGGUUCGAGAAAUCGAAGAGUUGCGACGAGAAAGAGACGUUUUUCAGCGAAGGGUUGAAUUUUGCAGGGAGAAAGGUGACGUAAGAAUGGCAGGAAAGUCAAGCAGUGAUGAACUGAGCUGCUGUCUGAGGGAGUACACAGUUGAAGAGAUAGAAUUGGCAACAGAUAACUAUUCACGGAAUUUGUUAUUUAAGACGGGAAGGGGUAGAAGUAGUAGUACCACUGUUUAUAAAGGGCGUAUCAACCAUGAUAGAGUUGCUAUCAAGCUACAAGUUAUCAACCCGGAUGAUGGACUGCCCCGAGAAAAUUUUCAAGCCAAGGUGAAGCUCAUCAGUCAAAUUAGGCAUCCUCAUUUGCUUGCCAUGAUAGGCUACUGUUCUGAGCUAAACUGCAUUGUCUACGAGUACAUGCACCAUGGUAGCCUGCAGGAUGUGUUAUUUUCCUCCCCUGAAAACUCUGUUAUCAGGAAAUGCCGGGUUUUGACGUGGCACGACCGCAUUCGCAUUGCAACCGAGGUUUGCUCAGCCUUGUGCUACUUCCACCAGGCUCGGCCCAAGCCCAUUAUUCAUGGGCACCUCAGUCCAUCAAAGAUCUUCCUCGACCGCAACCUCGUUGCGAAAGUGGGUGGGUUUGGGCUCAAUCGAUGCUACUAUGACGAAAGCCAUGUGGGCUGGGACAUACGGGCUUUUGGGGUAGUGAUUAUGAAUCUUCUGAUAGGGAGGAAUCUAGUUGAUGAUACGGAUUGUCGUGGCCUGGUUCAGGCCUUAGACGAGAGUGCUGGGCCUUGGCCAUCUGAGUUGUCUCAAGAACUUGCAGGCUUGGUAUCACGGUGUUUAUCCGUAAAGGAUAGGCCCAAUGUGGAUUUGAAAAUGAUGAUAAUAAUGGAAGAGCUUGAUGUAAUCAAGAAAAAAGCUGAUGAUUUAGUUGCAAAAGGAUAUGGAGUGAAGAUUGAAGGAAGAGUUCAAGGGGAAGUCAGUAAUGAUGUCCCAAGUGUAUUCCUCUGCCCCAUAUUUCAGGAAAUAAUGAAGGAUCCACAUGUGGCUGCGGAUGGAUUCUCAUAUGAGCGGGAAGCCAUCGGAGAAUGGUUUCGAACGGGACACAACACAUCGCCGAUGACAAAUUUGCAACUUAAGCACACAAUUCUUGUCCCUAAUCUUACCCUUCGUUCUCUUAUUCGAGAUUGGCAUUGUAAAAGGUCGCUUACAUAUCCGCACUAGUAAUGUGCAACUUUGA